AUGGUGGCAAAGGACCCAGCCUUUGCCCGGGGACGCAAGCCAGGUCCCCUGCGAGGCAUAAUCCCGUGGGGCAAGAUGCGAGCUCUUUCCAACCUCCUUCUCGUGAGCGUGGCGGGGAAUGAAGUGUCCGGGCCCGUGCUGCCGCCCACCAUCUUUCGAUUCCCCAAGCUCAAGGAAAUCAACUUCAUGGACAACAAGAUGGUCGGACCCAUCCCCAACACGCUCUCCGCUUUGAAGUCUCUCCAGAAGCUUGAUGUGAGCAUGAAUCGCAUCACGGGGCCCAUCCCACCUGGCGUUUCCACCCUCACCGCCCUCACAUCGCUCGCUGUCUCUUACAACCAGAUGACCGGCGCGCUGCUGCCAGGACUAGGCAACCUGCGACAGCUGAGAACACUGGACCUGGGGGGAAACAAGUUUCAGGGGGCCAUGCCUGCAAGCUGGGACACCAACUUUGGAGGUGUCUGCAAGCUAAAUCUGGGGGGGAUGCCGACAGCAUGGGGGAGCGGUGCGGACAGCAUGGGAGAGGGGGGGGGGGGGAGUGUCGCGGAACCCAGUGAGGCGGCUGCUGCUGGGCAGCUGGGCAAGCAGCUGGGUGAGGCAGCCGCUGCUUGCCUUAUGCUCGCUCCAACCCCUCCGCUGCUUGCCUUAUGCUCGCUCCAACCCCUCCACUGCUUGCCUUAUGCUCGCUCCAACCCCUCCGCUGCUUGCCUUAUGCUCGCUCCAACCCCUCCGCUCCUUGCCUUUUGCUCGCUCCAACCCCUCCACUGCUUGCCUUAUGCUCGCUCCAACCCCUCCGCUGCUUGCCUUAUGCUUGCUCCAACCCCUCCGCUGCUUGCCUUAUGCUCGCUCCAACCCCUCCGCUGCUUGCCUUAUGCUCGCUCCAACCCCUCCGCUGCUUGCCUUAUGCUCGCUCCAACCCCUCUGCUGCUUGCCUUAAGCUUGCUCCAACCCCUCCGCUGCUUGCCUUAUGCUCGCUACAACCCCUCCGCGUCCCCCUUAUUCUCCUUUCUUUCCUCUCCCCUCUCCUCUUUACAGCAAUCUACAGAAGCUGAAUUUGGGAGGGGCAGUGCCGGCAGCAUGGGCGGGCAUGGUGUAUCUCAAGCACUUCGUGGCGUCGGCUACUCGCAUGCGCGGCCGCUUCCCCUCUGUGCUGCUCAAGCUGCCACGCAUCGCAGACAUGUGAGUUGA